GCUGCCCGGACAUCGCGCCCGUCGCCGGCACCAUGAAGAUAUGGACUUCAGAGCACGUGUUUGACCACCCAUGGGAAACUGUUACAACAGCUGCAAUGCAGAAAUACCCAAAUCCUAUGAACCCAAGUGUGGUUGGAGUUGAUGUAUUGGACAGACAUAUAGAUCCCUCUGGAAAGUUGCACAGCCACAGACUUCUCAGCACAGAGUGGGGACUGCCUUCCAUUGUGAAAUCUAUUAUUGGUGCAGCAAGAACCAAAACAUAUGUUCAGGAACAUUCGGUAGUUGAUCCUGUAGAGAGAACAAUGGAACUUAAAUCUACUAAUAUUUCAUUUACAAAUAUGGUUUCAGUAGAUGAGAGACUUAUAUACAAACCACAUUCUCAAGACCCGGAAAAAACUGUUUUGACUCAAGAAGCCAUAAUCACUGUGAAAGGAGUCAGCCUCAGCAGUUACCUGGAAGGGCUGAUGGCAAGUACAAUUUCUUCAAAUGCUAAUAAAGGCCGAGAAGCAAUGGAAUGGGUAAUACAUAAAUUAAAUGCCGAGAUUGAAGAAUUGAUGGCUUCAGCAAGAGGAAGCAUAAGGACACCGAUGGCGGCAGCAGCAUUUGUAGAGAAAUGACAGUGAAAAUCGGUGUAUAACAUCAGAUCCCCUGGGUCUUUCCAAGCUGGCUAUAUUUAUUUGUUAUUUAAAAAAAAAAACCAACUAUAUUUUAGGUGGACUUUUUUGUAAUAAGCUGGAGAAAAAGUAUGUGAUUUUUGUUGAAAACAAAGAGAUGCAGGGCUUCUAAGUAAAAGAGACCAGAAGAAAUUUGUGUUAUUUGAAAUGACCAUCCAAUUGUAAGGAUUCCAGUAUUUAUGUUAAAAUUUUACAAUUUUUGAAAAAGUACUUCGAAAUUGAUAUUGGCAUAGUGAUGAAUCUCCUUA